AAUGUCAUCGACCUCUCUUAUAUUAUUUAUAUUUAGUAUAUUUUAAUUUUCAUUCUCUGUCUCUUUCUCUAUCUUCGUGGUUCGCCAUAGCUCUUCUUCUUCAAAGUCGUCUUGUUUUGUCAGAUCUCUUCGUCACUUCUGUAACCAAAGAAUCAUGGAGCUCAACUUCCUCUCUAGAACUCUCUUCUUUUUUCUUCUACUCACAAUACUUUCUUCCUUCUCAUCCUCUAGUUUCAUCUCAGAUGAUGUGUUCGAAUCUCAGACUUUGGCUAUUGGACGAAACCUACUACAGACCAAAAAAGCAUGUCCCGUGAACUUUGAGUUUAUGAACUACACAAUCAUAAAGAACCAAUGCAAAGGUCCCAAAUUCCCACCAAAGGAAUGCUGUGCCGCCUUCAAGGACUUUGCUUGUCCUUACACCGAAGAGCUCAACGACCUUAGCAACGAUUGUGCAACCACCAUGUUCAGUUACAUCAACCUCUAUGGAAAAUACCCUCCUGGACUGUUCGCUAACCAGUGUAAAGAAGGCAAAGAAGGUCUCGAGUGCCCCGCUACGCCUCCCGAAUCCGCAGCAGACGCAAACGCAAACGCAGCCACCACUGCUUCUUCUUCUCGUCUUUGGCUGACCGUUUCCGCAGCUUUGUUGGUGUUUGUUAAGUUGUUUUAAGGCGGGAGAAAGCAGAAUGUACGUGAUGUACUUGUAACAACCUGAGGAAGAGAGUGUCUGUAUAUCCACGAUUUGUUUUACUUGUAAUGUCUCAUUCUUUUGAUUUUAGGAGCUUCAAAAAUUUACUAAAUGAUUAUUUGUAUGACUUUUGUGUGUAUCAUUGUAUCUUUAUCUAUAAAUCGACCAAUGAAGUAAGGACUGAUUA